AUGGAAAAAGUUAAAGACAUUAUUCCUGAUUAUAACGAUGGAGACUUUCUGUGUCCUAAAAGUGGGGCAAAGUUGGCCUCUCUCUUUGGUCUGGACCGAGCAGAGAGUCAGGGAAACGAGUCUUUCCAAUUCACCGCCCCUAAACAGCCCAAAAAGUCCUGUGCCAAAUUAGGUGGCCCGCCUCCUCAGAAGUCCAUCCCUCCUCCAUGUGCUCCAGCUGUGUUGUUUGCUGCAGCUGUUCAUGCAUUCAGCUUUGUGAAUGGACAAUAUGUAAAGCAAGGCAAGAUAGGAGCUGCUGUUUUAGGAAACCAUGUCACCAAAGAGUACAAGAUUCUGUUGUACGACAGUAAACAAAAGCAGAUCAGUACAGCUCGAAUCCAUCGUGGAUUUGUCCUCACAGUUCAGCCCUAUAACUAUGUCACUUUCUAUGAUGACCAGCAACAAAACUGGUCUUUAAUGUUUGACUCAGCAAAGUCCAGGCCUGAGUUCUGUAAGGAGGUGUGUGUGGCCCGGUGGAACAGUGAGGCUUUGUCAGACUCUCUGGUCACUCAGGACCUGGUCCAAGGAGAAGGUCAAGCUGUUGAUGUCGGGGACACAGUGGAGGUGGCCUAUUCUGGAUGGCUUUUACAGAACCAUUCUCUAGGACAGGUAUUUGAUUCCAAUCUGGGCAAAGAAAAGCUGCAGCGAGUAAAGGUCGGAGCAGGCAAAGCUCAGAGGGGAUGGGAGGACGGGAUGCUUGGCAUGCAGAAAGGAGGUCGACGGCUCCUUAUCGUCCCUCCUAGUAUGGGUCAUGGUUCAAAGGGCGUCCUUAACCAUGUGCAAGCAAACAGCACUCUGGUGUUUGAUGUUGAGAUUCAUAGAGUUCAAUUCUCCAAAGUCCGACGUAGUCGGGAAUCAGUUGACACCUUCAGUACAUCUCCAAGCACACCAAAAGAGAACACCAGCCAAUCUAUCUAUCUGUAUCCAUAUUCCUUCAGACAAAAUCCUUAUUUUCCAACACAGCUAGAUUCAUUUGCCUCAGUCUACCCAUCCCAGCACUUUCCAUACCAAACACCUGAUAUCACAUCAUUCUUGAUGUCUGAUGCUCGCCAACACAACACAGAAAUUCUGCUGGCUAUUGAAAAGCUGGCACGCAGGGUGGACCAGCUGAGCUGCAAGGUGGAUGAGCUGCAAAAAGAGGGUCACCUCUCUUUCAGACUCUCCUCUGUGUCCUUAGAGACAAACAUGAUCCUACACAACAUUCAGAGAAUCAUUCAGGAGAGAAAAUGCCAUAAAUCGUCUCUCUUUCAGGUUCAUUUGUCGGGAGAAUUGGAUUCCUCCACCACACAAGCACAUCAGCUGCAGCAGGAGGCGCUCAAUUCGCAGCAGAGGGCAGAGAAGCAGAAGUGCAAACAGAUGGAGGACAUCAUACAAAACACGGAUGAGGAGAUGCAAGAUCUGAGGGCUGAAAAGGAGAAUCUGGAUCAGAUCCUGUCAGACAGGAAGAGGAAGUGGCAGGUAGAGCAGGUAGACGGAGAAUGGGUUAAAAGCUCUUAUUUUGCUGUAGUAAAGUGUACUGAAACUGAGCUGGUGUAUCUGGUGCAGGUGAAGCGAUUGCUGAAUGGAGUGUUUCAGUCUCUCAGGACAGAGUUUGAUUCACAGGAAUCUUACAGCGGACACACGGUGCUUGAGAUUCUCCAAAACACCAUCAAGAGUAUCACCGUGAAACUUCUCUCAGAACCUCGGGAGCUUGAAUCAGGCAUAGAUGAAGAUAAAGUAGAGGAAGAAUACUUGUCAACUGAAGAGUGUCUGCAAAUCAAACACAUGAAGAAGGAAAACAAUGAAAUAGCGGGAAAAGGCCAACAUUAAAAAGGAAGCAUUUAUGCUGUAGAUCAGAACACCUGCAUAUUGCAGUAUGUUCUGCCAUAAGCAUUGGUUCACAUACUGAGAUCCUGAAAGGGGAAUUGCUACUGUCCAAUCACAGUUAAGAAGGCUAAUUAAUGUCCAAUCAGUGGACAGCUGAUCCUUUCCCAGUGUUUCAAAGCAGGCAGUUCUUCAGUCAUUGAACUGGAAGAACCCUGAUCCAUAACAACAGUGUCCUGACGCAG